ACAGCCAGACACAGAAAUGACGCGUCGCGUUUCGCCGCGCACAACUCCACCAGAAAUGACUUCGUACCACUUUCCUGAACGUUCAUCAGAAUGAAAAACACAUUUAUCACUUCCAGAUGACGGCGCGGGCAUCUACGAAUAAUGUGUGAGAAAGCCGACGAUUGUUAAUGUGUUUUUCUGUACGAUCAUGGCUACGUCGAGAAACUUUAAACAGAGCGAAACCUGGAAGCGUCACAUUAUCAGACAGCUGAAACAUCGCAACAUGACACAAAUGAGUGUUUUUCAGGAUAUUAUAAACUCAUAUCACAGUCUGCUGGAGAAGUCCAAACAAAGAGCCUUUAUAACCAAAGGAAUUCUGGGAACAGGGACAAGUCCAUGCAGGCCCUCCUCUGAGGAUUCUUUGGAGUCUCUAAAGACGACCACUGGUGAGCUUGCAUACCAAGUGGUGGAACUGCAGCAGAGAAUUCAGAUAAAGGAAGCGACACUUGAUGAACAACAUACCAAGCUGAAUGAGGUUCAGAAUCAUCUCAGUGAUGUGACAUCCGAACACAGCACUCUUCAGGAUCGUGUGGCAGAAGUGCAGGAAGCGAACCGUCUCCUGAAACAGAGCUAUGACGCGCUGCUGGAGAAGCACCGGCUCAUAGACAGUACCUAUAGGAAUGAAAAGAGCCGCAGUUCGGAUAUCCUGGAGCACAUGAUUCGACCCAAACAGCAGGCUGCUGUUCGCAUGAACCAUCGUAAUGAGAGGAGAGUGAGGGCCAGAGAAGCCAGUCUACACAAAGAGCUUCAGAUGGCUGCCUGUAAGAAAGUCAAUGUUGAUGAAGAGUCUGGAAAUAUGUCACCCCCAAAACCAUCACCAAAAUGCGAGACUUCAGAGAGGUUGCAAAGAUCCCAUAGACCACUUUUAAGGUCUGCUUCAGCUACAUCCCCCCGUUUCAUCAACUCUCUCAAAGGUCUUUUUGAGAGAAAGAUCAGAGGAAGAUCAGUGUGCAGUUCAGAUGAAGAUCAUUAUAUACCGAUAGGUGUCUGUCUGGCUGCCAGAGUCCCGACUAAGGCAAUCUAUACACUGGACGCUCAUGAACUGGGAAUCAACGCUGUGAGGUUCAGCACCAGUUCAAACCUGCUGGCUACAGGCGGCACUGACAGAGUUAUCAAACUAUGGGACAUUGAAGCAGGAACUCUUCAGAACAGAGGAACACUAAAUGGAAGCAAUGAAGGCAUCACCAGCAUUGAAUUCGACCCUACGGGCACUCGGAUUUUAGCUGCGUCAUAUGACAAGUCAGCUCUAUUCUGGAAGCUGGAUGACUGCAUUCCCAAGGUUACAUUGACAGGUCAUUCUCGUAAAGUGACAGCAGCCAGAUUUAAGUACAGUCAGAAACAGGUGGUGACGGGCAGCGCCGAUCGAACUGUGAAGAUCUGGGAGCUCCAGCGAGCAGCGUGCAUCCAAACCAUUGAUGUGUUAUCCUUCUGUAGUGAUGUUGUGUGCUCAGAGUACCUUAUCAUCAGCAGCCAUUAUGACAGAAAAAUACGCUUCUGGGACAGCAGGGCAGCGACUUGCACACAGGAAGUGGCUGUUCAGGGCAGGGUGACAUCACUGGACCUCUGCCCAGAUCACAGGCAGUUGCUCAGCUGCUCCAGAGAUAACAGCCUACAGCUGCUUGACCUGAGAAACAGCAACGACAGGGUGCUUUUCAGGGCGGAGGGCUUCAAAUGUGGAAGCGACAGCACCAAGGCCAUCUUCAGUCCGGAUGGGAGUUAUCUGGCAGCCGGCUCUGCAGACGGCGCUGUGUACAUAUGGAGUGUGAACUCUGGAAUGCUGGAGAAACGGCUUCCUGACAUGCACAGUGCUUCAAUAAGUGCCGUGGCUUGGUCGCUGUCAGGCGAACAUGUCGUAAGCGUGGACACGAGCCGUCGAGCUGUUCUCUGGCGUGACGUUUGAGACCUGACAUGGGCGACACAACUCCUCCUGAAAAAGUGCACUCUGGGAUGUCAUCAAAACAGCAUUGUUGGGUGGGAAACCUCACACUAUACACUCCAUUCACAACAGGACCCUUAGUGGUGUAACUGUCUUUGUGGCUAAGUAGCUUUGUCAUAAAGACAGAAGUGCAGACGUGAAUGUCAAUUGGAGAUGUCCGAGUUUUGUUUUGGAACAGUUUUACAAAUCAUUACGGGUGUGGAACAUGUGUAAAAAUCGGAAAUUUUCUGGCAGUUGGUCUGUAAAAUUACACUUUCCCUGUUAUUUUGUACUGUAAAUGUGCGGUCUUUUAUGUAAUUUAAAGUUUUUUGACCGUAUUUCAAAAGUAGACUUUUGUGUAUAAACUUUUUGGCAGCUGGGGUGCCAGAAAUAUUUAGUAAAUUACAUUUUUACUGUAAAA